AUGUCAAGAUAUUUGGACGCUCUGUAUGGGUCAUCCUCUCCUUCUUCUUCUUCGGAUGAAGAAUGCACUAGCUCACCCGAAUUUAUGAGCAUGGAAGAACAACGAGCCUUGUAUCGAGAAGAACGUGAUGAUGAAGAGAAGAAUUUGAUAAUGAUCACGAAAGAGGAAUUAUUGUCUGGUCAGAAUGUACUUUCCAUGCCAAAGAAAGUCUCUUUUAAACACAAGAUUGAAAAAAAGAAACGAAAUCCUUCGCAUCAUGAAUCAUUAUUCAUCAUUCAAGAGGAAGAGCAACAAGAGAAAGAUUUCAUUCAGGCUCCAACACAAAUGGAUAAAAAGUGGAAUCAUGUAUAUGAAAAUAAUUUUGAAAAAUCCAUGACCAUGAUUAGAAAAUUGCCACUGCAAUAUGUAGAGUCAGACAAGAUGUCCAUUGAAAAAUUGAAUAACAUCUUGAAUGAACAUUCAAAUACUAUCAAAACGAACGCAAAAUCUGACGAGCCCACCUUAUCAAUCAUGAAGGAUAGUACUCAUCUCAUCGCUUGUUCCAUGAUGCCUUACAUAUUUUGUGCAAACGGUCCCAAAGAUGGAAAAGAAUAUUCAACAUUUCUUGUGUAUGAUACCACACUCAAGAAACGGUACAAUUUGACAGAAAUCUAUUAUGGGUUGCAGGAGCAUUUUCGUAACAGGUGUUUCAACUUUAUACCGUUCGUGAAUAAGGACACAAUUCUGGUCGCUUUAGGUGAAGCAUUAUUUUGUUUUGAUUUUGACAAUGCUUUUAUAUGGUAUCGCCCACAACAAUUAUUGGUCAAAGAUCCACAAAAUUCUUCUGAAUUGUCACAGUGGGGAAAGACCUCGCUCUCUCUUAACACGAAAAGGAUCGAAAAGACGACCAAUCAUUCAUACAGUUGCUACGGAGAUAAGGUUUGGAUUUUUGGAGGAAGAAGCGUCAAUACAGGUGCUUUAACGAAUCAACUUGUGGAAUGUAAAAUUACAGUGGUGCAUUCAUCGGUAAAAAGAGAGGUCAUAUUUGGGUCAGAUCCACCUUUACCACGCGAAAAUCAUGCGCAAUGCCAAAUUGAAAAUAACAUUUACAUUUAUGGAGGAAAUUACAUGCAACCACAUCAGUUGUUGAAUGACCUUCAUGUGUUUAAUACAAUCACAAGACAGUGGAUAGAAAUUGAUCUUUCCUUCUCUCCUCCCCCACUGAGAAAUCAUUCAUUUUCGAAUUGUGGAAAUAGAUAUUUAUAUCUUAUUGGAGGCGAUCUUGGAGAAAAUAAGAUUAAUGAUAUUAUUUAUCGAUACGAUACACAGACACGCAGGUUUAGUAUAGUAGUGUCACAACAUCUUAGAAACAGCGACACUGCAAGAGCUUUUCAUACAACCAUUUCACUGUAUGAUGAGCUGUUCAUUGUAGGAGGUUGUACGAACUUGGAAACAGGAGCUAUUGCCGGCAAUGCCAUUUCUCUUAUUCAUACUUUGGACCAUGGAAAUGAGAAUGAAAUGACCAAUUUUUUAAAAGUACAAAUAGAACAGCAAUUUCUUGGAACUUUUCAAGGUUAUGACACAGUUCUCAAUAUAAUAGACAAAAACGAGGCAUCUAACGACCGUUACUCAAAACAGUUACAUGUUCAUAGAGGUGUUCUUGCUGCGAGAAGCACUUACUUUUCAAAUCUGUUCAAAGAAAGAUGUAUAUACAAUGAUGACGGAAAACUUGUCAUUGAAAUAAGCAACUACCACUUUGAUUCGAUUCAAACAUUUAUAUCAUUCCUCUACACAGGCAAUAUACUGUUGCCAGACCAUAUGGAUGAACAUUAUUUACAAGAAAUUGUUGAUAUUUCUAGCAUGGAUCAUCCAAAGCAUGAAAUAUUUGCUGACAUUUACAAUCGUAGAAAAUUAUUUAUGGACUCUUCUGCUUCCAUUAUUUACGGAUUUAAGAAAGAUUUACUUGAACUGUAUCAACGAGUAGUAUGUUCGGUGGACAACAUUUUUCCAGAAUCAUGUCAUGAAAACCUUUAUGCCGACGUCACAAUUCAACUUUUAGAUCCUCAUACCAACGAUAUUAUUCAUCAACUGCAAGCUCAUAAGCUAUUCAUUUCAAGAUCGACAUAUAUCGCAGCAGUUUUUGCAUCCAAAAUGGAAGAGUCGACCACUGGAGUUAUCAAAUUCAACGAAAUUUCACUGAAUGGAAUCUUGUGUGUAUUGAGAUACUUGUACACAACCGAAAUUGAUAUUCCCAUCGAAAUAGCUAUUGAAGUGUUUGUUUGUUCACAUUUAUUUCAAUUAGCUGAACUUUCACAACAUGCCAAGCGCAUCGUGAUCGAAAACAUUACCACCGACAACGUCAUGGAUAUUGUCAUUAUUGCAGACAUGUACAAUGAAAAUGUCAUUAAGAAUCAUGGUAUUAAGACCAUUGUUGAACAUUACGAUGAGGUGUCCAAAGUUCCUCACUUUUCAACAUUGCCUGAAAAUAUCAAAACUGAAAUCCAUGACAAGUACAUUUAUCAUCUGAAAAAGAAAUCAAAACAAAUCAAAACCAAGAACAAGCACCAAAGAGAAAAUUCCAAAUAG